AGACUACGCCAUUAGCCGUUCGAAUCUCACUAAGAGAGUGCGUGAACCAACAAAAAUCGUUAAGUGACGUAUUUGCGAUUGUGACCAGUGCAAAAAUAAAUAAUACAGGGUGACCCAUAUCUAUUUUCUUGUGGAUUUUUACUUAACUUACGCCAUAUCAGGAUUCGUGGUUAUGAGCAGCAAGAUGACGAGGAUAUUACUUCCGUUUAUCCUAACCCUUACUUUCGUUCGAGGAGAAACUUCGGUCUAUAUCCUGUCUGAAAAUUUAGAACAAGUGGUAACCUCAACGACACUUCAAUGGGUCCAUUCGUCCAGUAUCAACGACACCACUCUGGGCAAUGCUGUCAUCGCAGCUUUGCAAGUAGUCAAAGAUCCAGACAACCCGGAAGAAUCCAUCAGCAGUAAACCGGUCUACGUGUGCCGUGCCCGAACCAACUAUGUUUGGGUUUCAGGCCAGUUAAGGCCUAAAUCCAAAGUAUGCAUUGUAUCCAUGUACAAAAAAGUCUCCGAACACCAGAAUUUCGAAGUGUUGAUAAACGUCGAAAACAGUGCUAGAUUGAGUUGGGUGUAUAAAGAUAAAUACGUAACUGCAAACCUCGCGGGAGGUGUUACAAGUGGUGAGGGACGUGAAGGACCCCUCGAUAGGACUUUUAUUGCCCGACAUGAAACCAACAAUCAUAACAAACUCGGUUCUUUGGACUAUCAUGUGGGCAAGUUUAAUGCAGGUGAAAAUUUAGGUGUUUUCCACGUCGUGGAUCAGAACAACAAUGAAAUAACACACGAAAUGGGACAGAUUUUAGUCGAGACAGAACCUAUCAGAUACGAAUUCAAAUCUGUCAAGUUCGAUAGGAUUCGUGCUAAACACCACAAGGAAAAAAUUGUUUUGGGACACGCAACUUUGAAAAACACUGAACGAGGUGUGCAGAGAGUUGAUACUGUAAUCAGUUACAAUUACACCUACUCGAUUUAUUGGGGUAAAGCACACGGGCUUUUGACUGGUCUCAAUUUCACUGUGUCUUUACCCGAUGGUUUAAAAUCGGGAACUUGGGCUUUACCCAAAACCGAAAACGUGGUCGAUACUAAAACUAUCGAAAAAUACCUAGAAGAAGGUACCGCUGUUAAUGUUACACUUUGGGGCAACUACACCGAUUCUGAGGUGCCCUACACUGCUACCGUUUACGCAAUUUACAAAGAUAAAGAGCAAUUGCCUCGACCAAUAUUUGACAACAAACGCGAACGGUUGAUAACUGAUGUUUCCAUCGAGUUUGGGCCUGUUUAUUUCUUGCACAACAACAGCCAUGUCCCUACAACCACAACCACGACUACUACUACUACCACCACUACGACUUCUGCAACCACCAGUAGGACAAAAUCGACGACUCAUAAAGUCGUUCCGCUGGAAAUUCCCUCAGUUGUGCAAGUUGGAAAUUCGGAAAAGCACCCGGACGAGGCUUCAGCGAUUAAAGUCCAUGAAAACAGUAGCAUGAUGUCCGACGCGAGUAAUGCAGAGUCUGAAAUUGCGACAACGACGACGAAAAAGAACACGCUUAAAGCCAACUCAUCGACGCGAGUUUUGGCCGAUUUGGUGCUCCUGGGGGCGGUUUCGCUGAUUGUGCGUCGGGUGACGUAAAGUGGUCUAAUUUUCAAACUUGGACUUGUUUUGAUCGUGGCUUCGAGAGUGCGCGUCGAGUGUGGAGAAUCCAGACGGUGUGAAUCAGGCUUUAAUUAUUCUAUAUCAUCUGUAGGAUUAUGUAUCGGUUAUUUUUCAUCAGUAGUCAUCAUUGAAGAGUGUAUAUAGACUGUAAAUAUUGUGGACAAGGAUGAUAAGGUACGGCACCUCCAAGUGUAAUAAUAGUGAUGGUGAUAUUUUGUUAAAUAGCGACAAGUGACGUCCAUGUUUGUUAGCGAGUAAGAUGGCGACAUACAUAUACCAGGCAAGGAUAUAUUUUUGCUAUUAUGAAAUUCAGGCUAGUUUGCAGUAUUGAGGAUGUUUGAUGUACAAAAUAAGACGUAAUAAGACGCGACUUCAUUCCAUUGUUUCAGUACAAAACUUUUUCCAAACGUUCGAAUAGAACGGAAAGAAGCUUUCAACUGAUUCAUUCGACGUAUUUAACAUAGAUAUUCAGGUACAUGUGAUAAUGUUGUAUUUAUUCUAGGCUUCUUCUCAAGCUUUCCUAGUAUUCAAAUCAAAGAUAAAAUCAAAAACAUUGAAAAUUUUCCAAAUGUUCGUGUUCCUAAAUAAUAAGUCAACAAGCACUUGAUGUUGCUCUAGAUCUAAAAAAACCCGGUGAUUUUGAUUGAAUAUUACAGACAGCGUGAUUAUCCAUUGGACUGACACAUGUAAAAUACUUGUUCUAAAUGUACAUUUCAUGUAAUUGUAGAUAUUUUAAAAAUAUACUUAAAACCAUACAAAAAU